AUGAACAGACUUGAACAUUAUGAUAAAGCAUUGGAUUUUUUUCAACAAGCUUUGAAUGAAGGGCUUCAACUUUCGUCGGCUAAUCAAUGGAUCAUAGUAGAAGAUUAUCUGCAUAAUAUAUCUCUUGUAGUCAGACGUCAGAAAAAUACUGAAAAACGUACGACAGGUCAAAAUAUUACUACUUUGCUUGAAAAUUAUAAGUUUGAUCAAGACUUCGGUGUUAUUGGGCUUAAUACAUUUUUUAAAACUGAUGAUGAAUUUUGUUUAAAAUUGAAACGAAUUUUUACAAAUUUAGCCAAAGUCGAUGAGCCAUGUGAUGCUAUAAAUCAUUUCACCCAGAAUUCUAAGAAAUUAUUAUAUUUCGUAUGUAUUGUUUCACAUUUAGAUGAGCAUUUCAUACCAUCAAUUCAUGGUGAGUCUAUUAUUCAUCAUAUGUACGUUUAUUGUCGAAAUUCACAAGAACAACAACAAUGGAUUGACAAAAAUCAUAAAAAAAUAAAAAAUAAAAUUUUUUUAAAUCAAAAUUUACUUAUUAAAGAAUUAAGACAAUUUAUAUUUGAUGCAAAGCAAAUACGAGGCAAAACGAACUGUCAGAAGAGAUAUCACUAUCAUCAGCAUCAUCAACAUCAUUUACAUAUUUUAAACAACUUUCAAUUGCUUAUUGAAAUAAUACUUCGGUUAUCAUUGAGCGAAAAAGCAAAAAGUGAUAUCAUAAAAGUAUAUCAUAAUUAUUAUAGUGAUAAUAAAACACAAAAGAAAUAUAUUUCAGUAUUUGAAUCAAACUAUGAAACAAAAAGGCCUCUUGAAUGGUAUACAGAUCCCCAAAUGAAAUUUUGUCAUAAAUUAACAAAUAAAGCAUUAGGGACAUAA